GACAACAAGCAACUCAAGAAGAUAUCAAAAAUGCUAGUCGUAAAGCAAAUAUUCAUGAUUUUAUAAUAGGUUUACCUGAUGGUUAUGAUACUCAUGUUGAUAGAAAAGGAAUACAACUUUUAGAUAAUGAAGCAACAUCAGCACUAGAUUCUGGUUCAGAAAUAGCUGUACAAAAGGCUUUAGAUAUUGCUGCCACAGGCAGAACAACUUUGGCUAUAACACAUCGAUUAUCAACAAUUCAACAUAUAGAUGUUAUAUUUGUGAUAAAGGACGUUAAA